GAGUCGGAGAGGGCGUCGGCAACCUAAAGCUGGAGAGGACGGGCUUUAGGCUGGAAGCGUCUUAGAGGAGCCAUUUUCCAGGAUGGCUGAUUUGUUUUUUUGUGAGCCAAUGGAGCUUUACAACAUCUUGAAUCAGGUCACAAAACUGCCCAGAUUAACUGAACCCAACUAUCUCUGUUUAUUGGAUGUUCGUUCCAAAUGGGAGUAUGACGAGAGCCAUGUGAUUACAGCCCGUCGUGUGAAGAAGAAGGGGAAUGAAUAUCUUAUCCCAGAGUCUGUGGAUCUGGAGUGUGUGAAAUACUGUGUGGUAUAUGAUAACAACACCAGCUCCCUGGAUGUAAUUGUAAAAGAUGACCAUGAAGAUGACACAGAGUCUGAAGAUUCUGACCAAGAACCCAUGCCUGGAGCUGCAGUGGAAUUUGGCAGAAUCUUGACUCACCUCACCCGCUACCCUGUCUAUAUCCUGAGAGGGGGCUAUGAACACUUCUCAUCCAUGUAUCACUUCUUCCGGACCCAGAAGAUCAUUUGGAUGCCCCAGGAACUGGAUGCGUUUCAGCCGUACCCUGUUGAAAUCAUCCCAGGCAGGAUCUUCUUGGGAAACUUUAGUCAAGCCUGCAACCCUAAAAUUCAGAAGGACUUGAAAAUCAAAGCACAUGUCAAUGUCUCCAUGGAGACAGGGUCCUUUUUUUUAGAUGACCCUGACAAACUUCUCCACAUCAAGAUUGAAGAUUCCCUGGAAGCCAGUAUUUCUCCCUUUUUACGUCACCUCUGUCACUUCAUUGGAGCUCAUCUGGUUCUUGGCUCUGUCAUUCUGAUCUUCUCUACCCGGGGUAUCAGUCGCAGCUGUGCUGUCAUUGUGGCCUACCUCAUGCACGCGAAUGAGCAGACCUUGAGGAGAUCCUGGGCCUAUGUCAAGAAGUGCAAAAACAACAUGCGUCCAAAUCGGGGCUUGGUGACUCAAUUGUUGGAAUGGGAGAAGAUUGUCCUUGGAGAUUCCAUCACAGACGUCUCGGAUCUGCUGUACUGAUCCCUGCAGCCCAGUGAUGGGUGCUGAAGACUUGGGGGACUUUUUGUGGGUAGAGGGCCAGGGGUGUGUCCUCAGGUUGGUCUGGAAUGAGAAGCCUUUGCUGCUUAAAGUCUCA